CACUAGCAGGUGGCAUAAGAUCUAGUUUUAUUUCGGUCUCCUCGGCCCUCCUGGCUCCUGGUUGACUAGGUGCUGUGGUAAUCGCUUCUCCCGUUUCCUGCCGUAACGAGAGAGAAUUCCAUCGCCGUCGCCGUUUUUCAUCUUUAGCGCUCUAACCCUAAAGCCGUCGCCAUCUACACUCAGCGAGAGCCCUUGACGGUUCUCAACAAUUUAAUUCCUUCGCGAGUAGACGCUGGUCCAGUUCUCUUGAAAUCGUCACGCCAGCGUUUCCUUAACGACAGCCAGCGGUUGUGACCAGAUUCUGUAACCAGCUUUCGAGAAUGGCGCCAGCGGAGACAGCGAUGAUGCGCGCGAAGGAGAACCGCGUGCGGCAGGCCGUAGAGACAAAGACCGCGUCGCCGCGACUGAAACGAACCAUGGCUCCUCAGGUCGACAAGCCUUCCAGCUCAAGGAUGCCGCUACAGAUCUCUAACUCCAUCGACGGCGCGCCUCCCCACUCCAAGGCGGCUAUCCCCGCUGCCGCCUCGGCGCAGGCGUGUCCGCAACCGUCGGCUUCCGCUUCCUGGAGGCCAGAGAGGACCCGAGAUCCUGCUGCUUCCGUAUCCGCCGCUUCAGCUUCAGCUUCAGCAUCAGCGUCGAUCGGCGGGGGUCGCGAGGACCACCGGUGGUCGUUAGAGGACUUCGACAUCGGGCGGCCGCUGGGCCGCGGCAAGUUCGGAAGCGUGUAUCUGGCGAGGGAGAAGAAGAGCAAGUUCAUCGUGGCGCUGAAGGUGCUGUUUAAGAACCAGCUGCAGGAGUCGCAGGUGGAGCACCAGCUGCGGCGCGAGAUCGAGAUCCAGAGCCACCUGCGUCACCCGCACAUCCUGCGCCUCUUCGGCUUCUUCUACGACGAGAAGCGCGUGUAUCUGAUUCUCGAGUUCGCGGCGGGCGGCGAGCUGUAUCGCGAGCUGCAGAAGUCGCAACAGUUCUCGGAGCAACGCGCCGCCACGUACAUCCUGUCGCUAGCGGAGGCGCUCAUCUACUGCCACAGCAAGCACGUCAUUCACCGCGACAUCAAGCCCGAGAACCUGCUCAUCGGAUCCGACGGCGAGGUGAAGAUCGCGGAUUUCGGAUGGUCCGUGCACGCUCCUAACUCGCGCCGCCAAACGCUCUGCGGGACGCUCGACUACCUUCCCCCGGAAAUGGUCGAGGGCGCGUCGCACGAUCGCAUGGUGGACGUGUGGAGCCUCGGCGUGCUCACCUACGAGUUCCUCUACGGAACGCCGCCGUUCGAGGCGCCAAACCACCCGCAGACGUACAAGCGCAUCAUGCAGGUGGAUCUCAAAUUCCCCGGCAACAUCAAGGUGUCGCCUGACGCCAAGGACCUGAUCCGGCGCCUGCUGGUGAAGGACCCGUCGGCGCGAUUGGCGCUGAGAGACGUGCUGGUGCACCCGUGGAUUCAGAAGUACGCGCAGCGAAAGCCCCGGGAGCAGGCGCUGGCGACUGUCAUGCAGUAGCAGCGAGCCUGACGGAUAGAGCGCCCAUCCGACGACUGACGGCGAAUCGUCGCAUUGUCGGCAUGAUCGAUGGAUUGCAGGAGUGCUGGGAAUAAAACGCGUGGUGGGGCAAGGUGUGGAGGGAAGGAGGGGGGAGCAGAGGGAAGACUGAGGCGCCACCACCCCGGGUUGUACGCGUUUUUGUGCCAAGGAGUGGCAGGGGGUACAGUAGAAGGAUUUCACGAACGUCCACUAACUGAUGGUAAGGCAGCUGAUGUUUAGGUUUAAGUUGUUUAGAGGGAAGGGAUUACAUCCAGCCAGCUGCUCUGCUGACUCCAGUAGGGUUACCCCGGUAGCUUAGUUUAUGUGUGUUGGGCUGAGAAAAGCCCUUAGGAUCUUUUGCAGAGACUAAGUCCCAGCUGUAGAGACUUGAGACUUGGAGUAGUGCAGCGGAAGUUGAGGCAGUUGAACCCUUGUACUA